AUGGCUCUUGUUUUGCGUUUUGUUAAUAAGAAUGGUGAAGUAUUUGAACGAUUUAUCGGUCUUGUCCAUGUUAGUGAUACAUCGGCAUGUUCAUUGAAGAAAGCGAUUUAUUUUUUGCUUUCCGUUCACUCACUAGGUCCAUCCAAAAUACGUGGACAAGGUUAUGAUGGGGCAAGUAAUAUGAAAGGAGAGAUAAAUGGGCUCAAAACUUUGAUUAUGAAAGAUAGUCCAUCGGCAUAUUACAUUCAUUGUUUUGCUCAUCAAUUGCAACUAAUACUAGUGGCUAUUGCUAAAAAACAUUUGGAUGUUGAAGACUUUUUUGAUCAUGUUAGUAACGUGUUGAAUGUUGUUGGAGGAUCUUUCAAGCGUAGAGACUUACUUUGUGAUCACCAAGCCAAAAAGUUAGAGAAAUUAUUUGAAUCCGGUGAAGUUCAAAAAGGUCAAGGAUUACAUCAAGAAUGUGGGCUUCAAAGACCAGGUGAUACUCGUUGGGGAUCACAUUUCAAAACUUUAGAUAACUUUACUGUUAUUUUCUCAUCUAUUGUUCAUGUUCUUGAAGUGAUUGAACUUGAAGGGUCCACAUCAAGUGAUAGAAAUCAAGCGGAGUAUCUUUUGACAAAUAUUAAAACAUUUAAAUUUAUUUUUGUGCUUCACUUGAUGUUGAAAGUGUUGGCAAUGUCAAAUGAGUUGAGUAAGAUUUUACAAAAAAAAGAUCAAGAUAUUGUUAAUGCCGUGGAGUUUCUUAAUAUUACAAAGAAAAGAUUGCAAGAUAUGAGGGAAAAUGGAUGGGAAUCUUUGUUGGAUGAUGUUUCCUCAUUUUGUGAUGUGCAUGAUAUCUUGAUUCCCAAGUUGGAUGAGUCUUAUUUUCCCGAGAAGUCAAAACGUAAGUCUUCGGGUGUUAGUUAUGCGCACCACUUGCAUGUUGAAGUCUUUUUUGCUGUCAUUGAUGUGCAACUUCAAGAACUUAAUGACCGUUUUGAUGUAGUGAGUAGUGAUUUGCUUCUUGGGAUGGGUAGCUUGAAUCCGGUCAAUUCUUUCUCUAAUUUUGACAAAGGAAUUCGUGAUUUGGCGAAGGCAUUGGUUGAAGCAAAUCUUGCAGAAACUUAUUCACUUGUUUAUUUACUUGUAAAGUUGACUUUGAUUUUACCUGUUGCUACGACAACUGUGGAGAGAGCAUUUUCGUCAAUGAAGCACAUAAAAAAUGAAGUGCGGAAUAGUAUUGCAUCAAGGAGAAAAAGAUGUUUUGGUGAGAUUUCUUCUGAUCAGGAUUUGAAUGGUGGUGCAACACAUGAAUUAGGAUAUGAUAAUCCAUACCGUCAAAUGAUUUUUGAUGCAGUUGGUCCUAACUUUCCCCAAGGUUCAAGUUGGCAAUCUUUCAGCAAUAUUGAACCUGAGUCGUCUCAUCCUUGUGAACCUUCAAUGGAGGAAGAUCCUAAUCCCGAGUCCUAA